CAUUAGGUCAAAGAUCCUCGGCUUUCGGACAGUAAUUCUUCCUGCGCUCUGCUUUCCUGUCAACGCUUCGCGGAGCGAUCCUGACUAAAAUGUCAUAAAUCGCCGUUUCACAGCGGAAGUACUUAUGUUUUCGAGAAUCGCCGCUCCCAGCUUCGAAACGCUUCAUAUUUCGUGCAACAAUGGAGCACCGCCAUACUCUAUACCAGUUUCCUACCGCUUCUGUACAUUAUCCCGUGGUGGCGGCAAUGGCGUCGUAGUAGUUAUACGCGAUUCAUUGUUAUACGCCGUUACUUGGCAAGCAAGAAAGGGUCGCCUGGAGAUUCUAGGCAGUCGACAUGGAGCGUCGUCCUACAAUUCGACGCGCAUGCGGACGUCGUCGAGAGGAUCGAAAUUACCAUAACGACAUACAUAUAUGUAAGAGAACCGCUGGGAUCCCAGGAAGAGCCUUUUACUGCCCGGAAUUGUGAAUUUCGCGUGACCUUGAGGGGACCGAAGAGAAGGCAUCGGAUUUAGUGGUAGUAUAUGUGUGUAGGGUGGAUUUUAUACUGCAAGUUAUUGCACGCUUGCAAGUAACUUAAGGGUUUAUAAAUUGUUUAGAUUUAGUCUCUCGGGGAUUUCUACGAAAGCGAUAUUUUUCAUAUUAUCAAGAAUUUUUUAAACAUCUACUA